UUCUCUCUGGUGAGUUCGGCUUCCAAUUCGCGACGGAAAAAAAUCAUGGUCUCUGCACUUGUUUCAAUCGUAACGAGAAAGGGUAUUUGAAAUCAGAUAGACAGUCGGCUCAUGAAGCGCUUUUUGGGGGCAGGAACCUGUGGCGUUGGCAAAAUUCCGCAUCCUUCGUUUUUUCAAGCCUUGUUGCUUUCGUGAACUGCGUGGUGACUCGAGCGCCAAAGCGAUUUCAAUCAACGAGGUAUGAAUGCUUGAAGGGUGUAUGUAUGCUAGGCAAUCAUUAGAGUGAUUAAUACAGUUUGUACUUGUGGUUUUGUGCAGUUGAGCCGCAUUCUUCAAGCCUGCUUGUCGGAAUUGCUCUUGAGUUGGGAGGAGUUGGCAAGAUUGGAAGAACCUGGAAGGAGGCCGUCAAUCUGAUUCCUAUGGACGAGUCAUUCACAUCCUCUCAUUUAUCAGGGAGCAGUCCCACCAUGUUGGAUAGUCUGAGUCACCCAGACAGUCCGGGUUCCCCAUCCUCGCCCCGGACCCCAGGAUCCACACCACGUCCUUUGAUGUCACCAAACCAGUGCCACACUGUCGUUCUCUUCAGCACCCCAAUCGCGGCCAUCUAUAUCGACGGUAAGGAGCGACUAUGCCUCGCUCAAAUAUCCAACACACUCCUCAGGAAAUUCAGCUACAAUGAGAUUCACAACAGACGAGUGGCACUUGGUGUCACCUGCGUCCAGUGCACACCUGUCCAACUGGAGAUGCUGCGUCGUGCCGGUGCCAUGCCAGUCAGCUCCCGCCGAUGUGGGAUGAUUACCAAACGCGAAGCUGAACGACUGUGCAAGUCAUUCCUGUGCGAAAGUCGACCCCCAAAGCUCCCAGACAACUUUGCUUUCGAUGUCUACCAUGAAUGCGCAUGGGGGUGUCGGGGAGACUUUGUUCCAUCACGGUACAACAGCUCAAGAGCAAAGUGCAUCAAAUGUGUCUAUUGCGGAUUGUACUUCUCCCCGAAUAAAUUCAUAUUUCACACCCAUCGCAUCGCCGACUCGAAGUAUCGUCCUCCAGAUGCAGCGAAUUUUAAUUCCUGGAGACGACACAUCCAUCUGAUAGACCGGAAACCAGAUGAUGAUCUCCUCCAAGCUUGGGAGGACGUCAAAGCAAUGUUCAAUGGCGGAAGUCGCAAACGAUCAAACCCUUCUUCAUCAACAUCCCAUUCUCCGUCCCUCCAAUCUAGCGAAGCUAUCUCGUCGAGUCCACCCAUAACGAAACGCAAGAGACAAUCAUUGAACUAUCAGGAAUCGGAUCCUGUUAUUCAGCUCAGACCCAGUUCAUCAUGUUCUAUUGAUCCUCGACUCGAUUACUUUCUUUCUUCAGCGGCGAUGGGCGGCAGCAACAUCCAUACGCCUCAGGCCAACAGACCACCCACUCCAUCGGUUGAAGACAACUCAAUGGCAGCGGCCCAACUUUACGCAAACGGUACCACUAAGCUUCGACAACAGUUCUCAGCACAUGCCCUUGCCAACAGAAACAUAUACGCUGAAUAUCUUUCAAAUGGCGGAAAGCUCCCAUAUCCACUGGCUGCAUCAUUCUGGCCGAAGACACCAAGUUUGAUAUCUCCAUUGGCUCACUUCCGAGGGAUUUGCCUCCGUUCGAAUUAA